AGUUUGACUAUCAACAUGUGGCUGGUGACCUUCGCAGGAAUUAUUUCUUUAGAAGGAAGGGUCAAAAUCACAGGGACCGGCACCACCUCCUCGCGCCGCUUUACAAACCUAGACUGUGGCUCCCCGCCUCCUGUCUGCGUCCUCACAUCCCCGCCCCCUCUCACUGUAGAUUCUCCUACCACGACGCACCCGCUAUCAUCACGUGAUUGCCUCAUCCGGGUCCUUUGGGUUCUCUCUCCCUCUCCCAACAUGGCGGCCUCAGCAAAAAAGAAGAAGAAGAAGGGGAAGACUAUCCCCCUAACCGACUUUCUGGCUGAGGAUAGAGGGACUGGUGGAGGAACCACCUAUGUUCCCAAACCAGUCAGCUGGGCUGAUGAAACAGAUGACCUGGAAGGAGAUGUUUCAACCCCUUGGCACAGUAACGAUGAUGAUGUGUAUAGGGCACCUCCAAUUGACCGUUCCAUCCUUCCCACUGCUCCACGAGCUGCUCGGGAACCCAAUAUCGACCGGAGCCGUCUUCCCAAAUCGCCACCCUACACUGCUUUUCUAGGAAACUUGCCCUAUGAAGUGACAGAAGACUCUAUUAAGGAAUUCUUUAGAGGCUUAAAUAUCCGUGCAGUGCGUUUGCCACGUGAACCCAGCAAUCCAGACAGGUUGAAAGGUUUUGGUUAUGCUGAGUUUGAGGACCUGGAUUCCCUGCUCAGUGCCCUGAGUCUCAAUGAAGAGUCUCUAGGUAACAGGAGAAUUCGAGUGGAUGUUGCUGAUCAAGCACAGGAUAAAGGCCGGGAUGAUCGUUCUUUCUGGCGAGAUAGAAAUCGACAUUCUGACAAAACAGACACAGACUGGAGGGCACGUCCUGCCACAGACAGCUUUGAUGACUAUCCACCAAGAAGAGGUGAUGAUAGCUUUGGCGACAAGUAUCGAGAUCGUUAUGAUCCAGACCGGUACCGUGAUGGGUAUCGGGAUAGAGAUGGCUAUCGGGAUGGCCCACGCCGGGGUAUGGAUCGAUAUAAAGGCCGAGUUCGAUAUGAUGACCGAGGCAGCAGAGACUAUGAUAGAGGCUAUGAUUCCAGAAUAGGCAGUGGCAGAAGAGCCUUUGGUAGUGGGUACCGUAGAUAUGAUCAUUACAGAGGAGGAGGAGCCCGAUAUGAAGACCGGUAUGACAGACGAGAUGAUCGACCUUGGGGCUCCAGAGAUGAUUACUCACGGGACGAUUAUAGACGUGAUGACAGAGGUCCCCCCCAAAGACCCAAACUGAACCUAAAGCCUCGGAGUACUCCUAAGGAAGAUGAUUCUUCUGCUAGUACCUCCCAGUCCAGUCGAGCAGCUUCUAUCUUUGGAGGGGCAAAGCCUGUUGACACGGCUGCCAGAGAAAGAGAAGUGGAAGAACGGCUACAGAAAGAGCAGGAGAAGCUGCAACGGCAGCUGGAUGAGCCGAAACUAGAACGACGGCCUUGGGAAAGACAGCCAAGCUGGCGAAGUGAAGAAACUCAGGAACAGGAAAGAUCAAGGACAGGAAGCGAAUCAUCACAGACUGGAACCUCAGCCCCAUCUGGCAGAAGUAAGUUAGACCAGGAUGCCCGAAGAAGAGAGAGUGAGAAGUCUCUAGAAAAUGAAACACUCAGUAAGGAGGAAGACUGUCACUCUCCAACUUGUAAGCCUCCCAAACCUGAUCAGCCUCUAAAAGUAAUGCCAGCCCCUCCACCGAAGGAGAAUGCAUGGGUGAAGCGAAGUUCUAACGCUCCUGCUCGAUCUCAGAGCUCAGACACAGAGCACCAAUCUCCUACAAGUGGUGGGGGGAAACUAGCUCCAGCUCAGCCUUCUGAGGAGGGACCAUCAAGGAAAGAUGAAAAUAAUGGAAUGAGUACCCAAAAAGGCCAAACUGGGAACUCCAUCCGUGGUCCAGGAGAUGGAGGGAACAAAGACCUUUGGAAGGAGUCAGAUAGGAAAGAUGGCAAAAAGGAUCAAGACUCUAGAUCUUCACCUGAGCCAAAGAAACUUGAGGAAAAUCCAGCCUCCAAGUUCAGUUCUGCAAGCAAGUAUGCUGCUCUCGGCAUGGAUGGUGAAGAUGAUAAUGAAGGAGAAGACUACACUGACUAGACCUCUACAUCCUGUGCUUUCUCCUAGUCUUUCUCCAGCCUGGAAUUCAAGACCAAUCAAACUUCUAUCCAGUCAAGGCAAAAUAAAGCUCACCAUCUCCUGGAGACUUUUCUUAAAUUUUUUUUAAAAUGAAAUUCUUUUGCAUGCUGCUGCAGCCUUUUAAAGUAUUGAAGUAACCGGAGAAUCACCAUUAUAGUCAGAAACAGAGACUACAGCUUUUUAAUGGAAAAGUUGUGUUGUGUUCUUAGGAUACCAUGCAAUUGCCUGUGUGAUUAGUGCCUAGGGGCCUCCAUUUAGCAAAAAUGGUAAUGACAGUGAUAUGAUAUCUGGAGUGGUUGAGCAGUAGGGGAGGGAUAAGGAACAGUGAGGUUUCUACCUUUUCAUUCUUGUUGUGGCUUAUAUGAAUUCUCAAGCAUUAUCUGAAUAAAUUUUCCAUCCUUGGAAAGGUA